AGCUCUCUGUCGCCUUUGUGUUCCAGGAAGCCCGGCGUCCUGCUGCAUGAUGUCCCACCUGGGGCCCCUGCGCUGCGGCGCCUGGGCUUCGCUGCUCGGCCAGCUCCUGCGACCUCCGCACGCUGUGUGCAUCCGGGCGGCAGGCUGUCACAGCCAGGUUGCACAGGCAGUGUUAACAUCCCAACAGAAGCCACAUCAAGAGAAACCAAAUUUUAUCAUCAAGGUUCCAAAGGGCACCAGGGAUUUAAGUCCUCAACAGAUGGUUGUGAGGGAGAAAAUUCUUGAGAAGAUUAUUAGCUGCUUUAAACGUCAUGGGGCAAGGGGGUUGGACACACCCGCGUUUGAGCUAACAGAAAUGCUCACCGAGAAGUAUGAAGACAACUGUGGGCUCAUGUACGAUUUGAAGGAUCAAGGUGGAGAGUUGUUGUCUCUUCGAUACGACCUUACUGUCCCUUUUGCUCGCUAUCUGGCCAUGAAUAAACUAAAGAAGAUGAAACGAUACCAAGUUGGAAAGGUGUGGCGACGAGAGAGCCCGGCCUUAGUCCAGGGCCGCUACCGGGAGUUCUGCCAGUGUGAUUUUGACAUUGCUGGUGAAUUUGACCCUAUGAUCCCUGAUGCAGAAUGUCUGAAGAUCAUAUGUGAAAUCCUAAGUGGAUUGCAACUGGGGGACUUUCUCAUUAAGGUAAAUGACCGGCGGGUUUUAGAUGGGAUAUUUGCUGUCUGUGGUGUUCCUGAGGACAAGUUCCGUACCAUCUGUUCAUCAAUAGAUAAACUAGACAAGAUGUCUUGGGAAGAUGUAAGACAUGAGAUGGUGGCAAAGAAAGGCCUUGCUCCUGAGGUGGCUGAUCGAAUUGGGGAGUAUGUCAAGUGUCGUGGGGGGAUAUCCUUGGUAGAGGAAUUGUUCAAGGAUCCCAGGCUGUCCCAAAGCCAGCGGGCCCUGCAGGGCUUGUGGGACCUGAAGCUGCUAUUUGAAUAUCUGACUUUAUUUGGAAUUGCUGAAAAGAUCUCCUUUGACUUAAGUCUGGCCCGGGGCCUGGACUAUUACACAGGAGUGAUCUAUGAAGCAGUACUACUGCAGUCUCCAGGACAGGCUGGAAAUGAGGCUCUGAAUGUGGGUAGUGUGGCCGCUGGUGGCCGCUAUGACAGGCUGGUAGCCCAGUUUGAUUCCAAGGGCCAUAACGUGCCCUGUGUGGGAUUGAGCAUUGGAGUAGAGAGAAUCUUCUACCUUGUGGAGCAGAAGAUGAAGGCUUCUGGUGAAAAGGUUCGAACCACAGAGACCCAAGUGUUUGUGGCCACACCCCAGCGGAACUUUCUCCGAGAACGGUUGAAGCUAAUUGCAGAGCUUUGGAAUGCUGGGAUUAAGGCAGAGAUGCUAUACAGGAACAAUCCUAAACUGUUAACCCAGCUGCAUUAUUGUGAGAAAACAGACAUUCCUUUGAUGGUCAUCAUUGGUGAGCAAGAACGGAAAGAAGGUGUCAUCAAGCUCCGUUCAGUGGCCAGCAGAGAAGAAGUGACCAUUAAUCGAGAAAGUCUUGUGGCUGAAAUUCAGAAGCGACUGUCUGAGUCUUGAUUGUUGCCUGAUUUCCAUCUGCUGCCCUUAGAAGAACAGUUUUCAUCUAGGACUGAGUUCUGGUGGAUGUUGUAACAGCUGGCCAGCAUGGAUGUCAUACAAGUGCCUUCUGCCUCCUUCCAUGCUGCAUACAGAAGUAAACAGUUCUAAGGAUUAGCAGCUACUCUGCUUGAGCAAACAUGGGUGGCGUGCAAAAGAGGCACACUCUAGCUGCAAAGGCAAAUCUGAAGUGCCUGUGAAUUCUGUUGAGAGAUGUUAAGAUGGUUACUAUGAUCAAGACUCUGAACCAUUGAAGUGAGAAGCUAAAUAUAUGCUUUACUUUUAACUGUAACAUGGGAACCAGAUUUUGGAGAAUUUAUCUACAUCGGACUAUGGUUUGUUUGUAGAGUAUUAAUAAGACAGCAAGAAUGGACAGUGAACAGAGAUGAUGUCCAAGGACCCAAGAGUGCCUCUGUUGAUUCUUCCAGUUAACAGUAGACGGAUGAGGCUGUUUAAUAAUUUUGGACAUUGGACUUAAUGGAUGAUAAGUUAGUGAUCUGAUCUUUUGAGAUUUUGGACACCAUUCCUUUUGCCAUCCCAUAACCUGCUCAGGAGGUUGUUCUAGAGUGGCAAUAUAGUAUGUUACAUUUCAAAAAUGUUCUAGUGGGCUGGAGCGAUGGCUUACUGAUUAAGGGUGCAUAUUGCUUUUGCAGAGGACCUGAGUUCAGUCCCAGCAUCCACACCAGGGUGAUUACAGCUACCUGUAAUUCCAGUACCAGGGGAUUUGAGGCCUUCUCCUCAGCUCCAUAGACACCUGCACUUAAUGUGCACAUACACACAGACCCACACACAUAAUUAAGAAUAAAAUAAUUUUAAAAAGUAA